CAAGCGGGCGCGUCCGCGCGUGCGCACCCCGCGUGCGCUUCGGUCGCGGAGCGGCCUUCCGCGGUCUCUUCUGCAAAUGGGCUCCGUGGUCUAGCGUCCCCGUCCCCGUCCCCGCCACCUGUGAUCGCGCGCCGAGGCCCGCGAGGGGUCGUCGCCGAGGUCUCCACCAGCCCGCAAGCGACGGCAUGGCAGCCAUCCCCUCCAGCGGCUCGCUCGUGGCCACCCACGACUAUUACCGGCGCCGCCUGGGCUCCACUUCCAGUAGCAGCUCCUGCGGAAGUGCGGAGUAUGGUGGGGAAGCCAUCCCUCACCACCCGGGUCUCCCCAAGGCCGACCCGGGUCACUGGUGGGCAAGCUUCUUCUUCGGGAAGUCCACUCUCCCGUUCAUGGCUACAGUGUUGGAGUCCCCAGAACGCUCGGAAUCUCCCCAGGCCUCCCCAGGCACGAUCACCUGCGACUUGGCUCUGGAAGCCAUGAGGAAGCAGCCUGGUGGCCAGCCUGGCAAAACCAACACAGAGCCGCCAUCCUGAGUGGCCACCGCAAGGCUUCAGGAGGCGCUAGGCUCAUCAGAGCCCCUCCCUCCCCUUCCCCCCCUUCCCCAUAGACUAGGCAGGCUGCCGCAAGCAGAAGCAAUUGGGUUCUUUUAUAUCAAAAUAGCAAAACAUCCAAAAGGAAGUUGAGAGGAUCCUACUCUUUACUCUCCAAGCCACAUGCAAGCCUUCCUCACACCCUGGAACCAUGUGCCUUGCACCAAGUGGAAAAUAAACUCCAAGCAGCCAGUA